AUGUCUUGUCCAACACGGGACUACAGCAAAGAAGCUACUCUGGCAAAGCUUGAGGAGACCCGUGCCAAGAUAGCGGCACUGAAAGCUCGUCGCAACAGCUUCUUGCAGGAGAGGGGCACCUCAGCGGUCCCAGGUGCCCCGGCUAUUGCAUCAGCUAGUGGUGCCUUUGUGGCUGGGAAUACACAAGCUCCAUUGGCUCAGAGUGCUCUGCCCGAUGUGAGCCCUCGUCCUCCUUCGUUUGACAGUGCAUGGAGGAUGGAAUCGAAAGACUUGCAUUCACUUCAUGUGGUUCCUCCUGCCGAACCGUAUGUGAACCAAACCCUGACCCUUCCUGAUACACCGGUGCCACCCACGCAGGAAGCAGGUGGGAAAGAAGGUGAUACGCCUCCGCUGUCUCAAGGUGGUCAACCACAGGGUCAAGAUGGCCCUGGUGUGGGUGACCAACUGCAGGCUCAGGAUGGUGGCCAGGGUGUGGGUGACAAUGUGAUCGAUCUCACUAAGGGUGAGGGUGGAAAGGAUCGUCCAACGGCAGUGGCAGGGGAUGGGGAUGAUGGGAUGCCACUUGGGUAUUCCCCAGGUUCCCCAGUGCCAUCAUCUGUGGUACCCUCGACCGCUCAUGCAGCAGAGUCAGCAGAGUCUGAAAACAAGUUUGACAAGUACUACCACCAGAUUCGGCGCUAUUGUGACCCGAAGUACAAGACACAGGUCAAGGCUUCAAAGGAAGUGCUGCAGUUGUACAACACUGAUGAAGGUCGUGACAAGCUCCGGGCUUUGCUCAAGACUCAUGGUUCCUUCAAAAGUGUGGAGGCCGAGGUUGCACGUUGGCAUACCGAGCUGAAACGGGUUGGCCAACAUGGCAAAUGGGUCACCAAGACCUAUUUGAGAGAAAAGGAAAACUACACUGCGCAAAUGGCGGAUAGGUCCUUUGCAUGGGCAGAGAAACGCGGUCUUCUUCGUACCAACCAAGUUCAUGGGGAACAAGAAGCCCGUCUUGUUCUUGAAGAUUUUUUCCAGCACACUUCUGAAACAGGGGAGUCGACAAAUCUUCGGGCUCAAGGGACUCUUGAGGCAAGGCUUCCAUUUGAGUAG